GGGCGAGCAUAGUUCAUUAUGUACAAGAAUGUAAAGAAUGUGUUAAAAGUGUUAGGUUUCAUUGGCUAGGCUAUCUAUUCCUGUAGAAGAAGUGUGUUGUGUGCAGAGUGAGGCAGAGCAGUAUAAAUGGUGGAGAGACAACAGAACCCAGGGACAGAGCUGAAUACACAGAGAGGAGAGCAUGAAGGAUUCAACACAGACUCUUUGUUGGCUACAAUCAGCAGCACUGAGACUUCAUUUAUUACUUGUUUUAUGGCCUACAUCAGGUACAAAUACCAGUGAAUGGAGACAGCUCCUGGUUUUGUUCUCUGCACCCAAGCACGACCUCUGCCCCCAGUACUGGCUGUUCACCAGCCUCAAGCACUACCUCUGCCCCCAGUGCUGGCUGUUCACCAGCCUCAAGCACUACCUCUGCCCCCAGUACUGGCUGUUCACCAGCCUCAAGCACUACCUCUGCCCCCAGUACUGGCUGUUCACCAGCCUCAAGCACUACCUCUGCCCCCAGUGCUGGCUGUUCACCAGCCUCAAGCACUACCUCUGCCCCCAGUACUGGCUGUUCACCAGCCUCAAGCACUACCUCUGCCCCCAGUACUGGCUGUUCACCAGCCUCAAGCACUACCUCUGCCCCCAGUACUGGCUGUUGAUCAUCCACCAGCCCAUCUCCCGCACUGAGUUGCAGUGUAAAAUUAGAAACAAUCUCCAUGCAGGACCUGGGAAGCUCUAUCCUGGGCCCACCUCCAAGACCCACUCCACUAGCUUGCUUCUUACCGAUGCCACAGAGCAGCAGCAGUAGUAGCAGGGGUGUGAGAAGAGAGAAAAGAGCUGAAGACUCAUUCCUUGACACAUCACUCGCAAAGGCAUUGCAAAUGAUUGAAGACAUAUCUCAAGAUCUGGAGAACAUCAUGCACCAAGUCACCAGCUUGUCCCAGAGGGCCCUGGCACCAAUAGCUGAUUUCAUGGAUGAACUCUCACCAAAACUGCGGGAGGAAUUCGAUCACCAGCUGUGUGACUUCAAGAAGAGGAAAUGGACUGUACGACUGGGACCACAGUGAAAUGAACAACUGUUGUUCAGACAUCUCACGAGUCAAUCCGUAGACACUUGUUUACAUGUCUGUUCUCAGCAGACACUUGUAUUGUGGUUUACUUUCAGAAGCAAGAAUAAAGGAUUAUUUGUGUGCUGAAAAA